UUUUGACCGAUACGCAGUAUUGUCAGUGUUGCGCCGACUGCCGCGCCAAGUGAACGUGAGGUGGUGUACUCUCUCACCCGCCGUCCGUCGCGACUUUUCGCAUUCGCGAAUCCGACCAGAGAAAAUCGAGAUAUUAUCGAGACGAUCUCGCGGAUUUGCGAUUCGUGCCGUACGAGUGACGGAAAACUCCAGCACACGUUCUCUGAGCGCGGGAGAAAAAAAGCGCGGGAAAACAAAUUUUUCAUUAAAAAGAAAUAAGAAUAAGAACGAUAAAAAAUAGAAAGAAGCGUAAACGCACGCGCAGGUAAAUAGAAGGAAAAAAAGACAGUGUGCGGCAUUCCGUUAGACGAACUCGCGACUCGAGGACCGACGAGUGCCAGAUUGAAAGCGACGCGGUUUGCGCGUGCGCGCGCGCGCGCGCGCGCGCCCUAUGAGUGCGCGAUCUUUUCGCGUUAACCUAACGGGUACGACAAAUCACGAGUUUUAACCGAACUGACCGAUUAGAUAAAGCGCGCGACCCCGCGUGUCAUGUGAAGUUCAGACGGAUGCGAACCCCGUGAGCACCGCACGGCCCGAUAAUCGAUGUAAAAACGCGACCUUGCUCGCAGAUCUUUAAUGCUGUCGCGCCACCGGCUUUUUUUAUAUUCGCAGUAAACGCUCACGACAUCAUCUGGGAUAUAAACAACCAGAUACGUAAUCAGUGAGCCAUCAACGCGUGAGAUGCAGUGGUUUUAAUUCUCGUGUAUGAGAGAGAGAGAGAGUGAGAGAGAAAGAAAGAGAAAGAAAGAGAAAGAGAGAGAGAACCGUCGAUCUACGCUGCGGCUUUGCCAGCGAAGGCGCGGGGGAGUUUCUUGAGAUCCAUUCCUGCCUGAAAAGGAUGAGAAGGUCACGAUGCUGAGACCCGGAUCCAUACUGGGCCUCUUGGUCCUUGCGGCCGUCCUGAAGAUCGCGGACUCGAACCGCUGUCUGACAAUGCUGAAAGAGGUCAAUCCGAAGAGGGUGGUGGUCUACCAUGAGAAUAAGUCACUGAAUAUUCAGUUCGAUGUAUCGAGGAGAGUCACCCACAGGAUGGUGUCGGAGAUCAUGAAGAUCUACCUGGUCGAAGUGUUGGGCUACGCCGAGGUCACUGUGGUCAAGAAGGGCAACAAGUUCGACGAGGACGAGGUUUUCGAGAGAUUGUCCGAAGUACUGUACUACAAAAGUGGUACAAAAGCGCGCAGAGAAUUGCCAGAGACGAUGGUAAACAUGGAGGUGUGGAUUCCACCGCAGCAGGACACGAUCCCGUUGCUGAACAGGUACAACUUGAGGGAAUGCGGUUCGGUAGCACCGCCGGGAUAUUUCGGCUGGUUCGUCCCGGAAGCGCUAUCCGGGUCCGACGAUACUUGGCAGGUCUUCUCCAGGCCGGAGACAGCCAGCAAGUUCGCCAUCGACGAGACGUAUCUGCCGAUCGUGAGGAAUUUCACGAUAGAUCCGGAGACCUCGAACUACCACUGUCAGGAGACUUUCUGCCAGAACGGCAUGUACGUGCCGGAGCAGUGUCAGAGCCGAGAGCGACAGAGGCCACCGAGCUGCGCGCUGCUGCUGGCCGGAUAUCUGGACGAGACCGAAUUCGUGAGGGAGCAAAUCGAUCAACUGAAGCUGUACGUCAAGGUGGCGUGGGUCGGCCCGAAUCUCCGGCACCUGACCAAGUACCUGACCGAAGAGUACACUCGUCGGGACUCGUCGACUGUCGGCGAUAACAGGUCACUGGUGAUCCUGCACUACUCGCCUAGCAGCAUGAUCCCGAACGAGAGGGAAUUCACGACGAUCGAUUUCCCGCGUUGCGGGGCGAGGAACAGCACGAACGGCUGCGAUCGAUACGAGACGAACAGGUUGACGAAGCUGGUGUGGGGCGGAUUGGAGAUGAACGCGAGGUUCGCCUUCGAGGCGAUCAAACUCGCAAAAUUCAGCAAGGACAUGUACGAGGAUCUGAUCGCUCGGCGCAGCCGGGCAGCGAGCGACGUGCCCGACGAGCAAGUCGCCUGCGACUGGCUCAAAGACAAUCUCAACUACACCAUGACGAUGUGGAUGCCCCAAAACAACGACAAGAAUGUCCUCUAUGUAGGCGGGAUAUUUCCCAUGACCGGCUCUUCUUAUCAAGCCAAGUCGAUCCCGAUCGCCUCUGACAUGGCGAAGCAUGCCAUUAACUUGAACAACACCGUGCUGAGGGACUACAGUCUUAACUUGUUGGCAAGCGACGGUCAGUGCAAGUCGGACAUGGUGAUGAAGUCUUUCAUCGAUUACAUCGUGCACAAUUAUUACGAGAAGCUGGUCGGCGUGUUGGGGCCGGCUUGCUCGGAAACGGUGGAGCCGUUGGUCGGCGUGUCCAAGCAUUACAAAACGGUGAUCAUCAGCUACAGCGCCGAAGGGUCCAGCUUCGACGAUCGCAGUAGAUACCCGUAUUUCUUCCGGACUAUCGGCGAGAACAAGCAGUACAGGCAUGUGUACCUGCAGCUCUUGCAGAAACUCGGUUGGCGUCGAGUGGCCUCCCUCACGGAGGACGGGCAAAAGUACACCGAGUAUAUAUCGUACAUGCAAGACAUGCUCAGGGACAACGGUAUCACCUUCGUGGCGACCGCCAAAUUCCCGAGAGAGCGAGAGGGCGAUGUGAUGACGAAGUAUCUGGAUGAUCUGAGAGAAAGGCAGGCCAAAAUCAUCAUCGCGGAUGUGUACGACGCGGUAGCUCGUCAGGUCAUGUGCGAGGCGUAUAGAUUGAAGAUGACAGCCGUUCAGGGCUAUGUGUGGUUCCUCCCACUUUGGCUCCGACAACAAUGGUAUGACACGGAUCAUUACAAUAAGCAGGGCGAACAGGUGACUUGUAGCACGCUGGAGAUGAUGGAAGCCAUAGACGGACACCUCGGUCUGUCGCACGCAUAUUUCGCCCGGGACGACGAUAUAAUGCAGGAGGGAAUCACCGUGCGCGAAUGGCGCGAGCGAUACGAGAAUAAAUGUCGGAUACAGAAUCUGCAGCCCUCCAACUAUGCUGGUUACGCUUACGACGCUAUGUGGACCUAUGCCUAUGCCAUGGAUCGCCUGAUUCGCGAGAACCAGAAUUAUGUCUCCCAGCUUCACAGCGACGAAACAGUCAAUCGUCUCACGGAUAUUAUCGGGGAGACCGAUUUCAACGGGGUAUCCGGCAGAAUAAAGUUUUUAGGCGGACCAUCGAGGUAUUCUGUGAUUAAUAUCGUACAAUUCAUCAAAAAUAAGACGAAAAUCGUUGGCAGCUUUUAUCCGAACAUCUCGGAUAACAAGCACGUCACCGGCGGAACUUUGGACUUGAAUAUUACGGAUUUAGUUUGGUUGUCAGGAUCAAUGCCGGAUGACGGCUCAAUGGGGUCGACAUGUGUCCUGGCAGGUUUGAUGGAGCUGUUGGGUGUCACCUGCGAGGCGGCGAUCGGGAUUGUAAAUGUUAUUGGUUUCGGCCUUUUCGGAAUGCUUCUCUUCAUUGGCUUUAUCUUCAUUAAGCGGAAAUACGAGAAAAAAGUCCGACUCCAUGAGAAGUACAUGAAGUCCCUGGGUAUCGACCUAAGGCAGGCGGACACUUCCGGCUUGGACACGUGGGAGAUUCCGCGAGAUAGAGUAGUGAUCAAUCGGAAACUCGGAGAGGGUGCCUUCGGUACCGUCUAUGGCGGUGAAUCUUUCUUCCCCGAGAAGGGCUGGUUAGCCGUUGCCGUGAAGACCUUGAAAGUGGGCAGCUCGACCGACGAGAAGCUCGAUUUUCUGAGCGAGGUCGAAGUUAUGAAGAGGUUCGAGCACAAGAAUAUCAUUAAGUUACUGGGCGUGUGCAUAAAAUGCGAGCCCGUGCUCACCGUGAUGGAGUUCAUGCUCUAUGGCGAUUUGAAGACCUACUUGUUAGGCAGAAGGCAUCUGGUCAACGACCAGAGCUACGAGGAUUCCGACGAGAUUUCCAACAAAAAGUUGACCGCCAUGGCGUUGGACAUCGCUAGAGCUCUCAGCUAUUUAGCCCAGUUGAAAUACGUUCACAGGGAUGUCGCCUCUCGCAAUUGUUUGGUGAACGCCCAACGAGUGGUGAAACUCGGCGACUUCGGUAUGACAAGACCAAUGUAUGAAAACGACUAUUACAAGUUCAAUCGUAAAGGUAUGCUGCCGGUGAGAUGGAUGUCGCCGGAAUCGCUGGGACUGGGUAUCUUCACGCCGGCGUCCGAUGUCUGGUCUUACGGUGUACUGCUCUACGAGAUCGUGACUUUCGGCAGUUUUCCUUUUCAAGGUAUGAGUAACAACGAGGUUCUCUCACACGUGAAGGCUGGCAACUCUCUCGUCGUGCCGAAGAAAGUGAAACUGCCACUCGAGAAUUUAAUGUACUCGUGUUGGAACGUGGACCAUACGAAGAGGCCGACGGCGCCUUACAUCGUGGACUUCCUGGCGACUAAUCCCCGCAUCGUCUCGCCAUGUCUGGACGUGCCCUUGGCGAGUGUACAGCUAGAGAACACCGCUCAGCUCGACAUCCAGCUGGCGGAGAAUAUUCGCAAGUUCUCCCUUUCGUGGCCACCGCAGUGUCCACCUUCUCAGAUGCACGGCUCCAAGUCGUUGGACUCUCCGACGCCGCUCUUGUUGGACCUGAAUUGCCAUGACGACGAUCACAACUUGGAUCCUCUGCUGGCCGGCCAGUCCUACGAGCAGGACAGCUCCAGUCCGCUGUUGGAUCCCAUGAGAACGCCGGUCUUGAAACAAACGUGGGUCCAAGAGAAUGCCGCGGAUGCCAAGGACAAUCAGGCGCACAGGUACGUCAAUCUUCAGCCGGGUAUGUUGAAAGUGGCCGGGGAGCCCGUUAUGAACGGUAGCGCCGGUAGCAACAUCCAAAUGGAAGAGAGGACGUCCAUGCUGCACGAGAAGAAGAGCAACGACAACGUAUCGGUGCUCUGACGCAAGUAGACGAUUUCGAUGAAGAAAUCGGGAACUAGUGAUCCAGGUGACUCGAAGCACGCGGUGCUUUAUCAAAUAGAGACGACUUUACAAGGGUAACGUCGAAGUUCGUGAUAGUCAAGAUAAAGUGGCGAACAUCCCGGACGAAGCAGAGGACGACAUCUCACUGUUCGUCUCGGAGGAUAAAUAUCGUUAAGGUCACACCAAAGGGUUCUCCAACAAGUCCGCAAGACAAUUGGCUAUUUCGGUUGAUCGACGCGCGGAGAAUAUCAUGAAAUAUUCUCGAUAUAUAUAAAUAUACUCCUCGAACGAAGACCAAAUCAAAGCAAUGGUUGUGGUAAUUACCGCAGACUGAGACUUUCGAAUUUUUCGCUGGGAAUGUUUAAUAAAUUACGGAAUAUAGUAUUCCAUACACCGGUGGCAAAAUUCUGUCUCGAAUGAGUGAAGUACUUCGGAGAUGAAGCCCAAAUCGAGAUGUCCGUCGAGAAACGACGGGGCAUAAAUCGUAUGAACUUCGUGCUGACGGUAUAUAUAUAUAUAUAUAUAUAUAUCUUCUUGCGGAACACUCGUGCACGGUAGAUAACAUAGUUGUACUUAGAAGCCUGCCUAGUAAACUAAAUAGCUCCUAAGCCAAAUGUGCUCAGUAGUUGAAAACAGAAAUGUAAGACGGCCGUCGCAUGGGAAGCUGACUCCGCGCAUGGAUGUCGACGAUAAUCACAGCAUCGAUGAUGAAAUUGUUGGACCCACUUUUGAGACUGACUUCUAUCAGGAAAUUAAGUCGCAUCAUCUGACACGGAUGACCGCUAAUGACACUGUCUGUUAUUACAGACAAGUAGUCAAAAUAUACAUAAAUAAAAAAGAGAGAGAGAGAGAGAGAGAGAAGAGCUGCUUCUCGUGGAUGCGGAUCUCGCGACGCGAAGAGAUGGUGGAAACGUCAGUGCAUCCUUCAUUCAGCAGUUCUGUCGCCUUCUGCUCAAUGCAUCUUUAAGACUGACUUUCGAGAUGGAAGCGACGCAUCGUAUCGUUCUUUAUUCUGUACUAUAUCUGUUUUUUUUUCCUUUUCUUUUUAUUUCCCAUUGUUGAUUAAUAGUUCGUUUCGAGAAGAAGCUAGCGCAUUUCAAACAGACGAUCCCCCCGAUGUUUUGCGAGCGGUCGAGUGGCGACGAGUUCGCGUAACCAUGACAUUUUGUUUUCUCCUCCUCGCUCGUCACAGGUUAAAGGUCAUUGAGCACAAUUUUCCUUUUGUUUCAUGAUAUCUCUUGCGACGAAUGUGCGCCUACGCAUGUCUGUUAAUCAUACGCGUCGCCACCGUGUUCUCGCCGACAUCACUCUAAGAUUUAAUAUUGAAAGACUAAUCAUCGGCUGGCUGCAUAUUUGAUCACACAGAUGCGAUUAUAUAUAUAUAUAUAUAUAUAUAAUGAGUGGAUUUCUUGCAGAGGACUUUUAUACGGUAUAUGUUUCUCGUUGAGAGUCCACUUGAUAGCAUUCUUGUACAAAGCAGUGUUGCCAGAUGACAGAGAUAGCACAUCACACAUUUUAUAUGAUUACAACGUAAACUCGUUCUUCUUGGCUCUUUCCGGCAUCAGUCAACAGUUCCUUAAGAAACGCUUUUCUCUAUGUUCCUUGAUUCUCGAUAUAUUAUAGAUAAAUAUACGACGAAAUAUACGUAAGAUACACGAACCCCUUGUUUUCAAAGUGGUGAAACGGAGAGGUGAUUCCCUCUCGAAAUUCGACCGCUCUUAAAACAAGCGUUUUCCACCUGAAACAGAGCGUGUGCCAUUCGCUAAGUAGCUAUCGCGGGGAAUUGCGCGAGUAGUUGUUACAAAUCCGACUAGAAUUUAAAGAAGAAUUGUAAUCGUAGCUACGCAGAGAGCUGGAAAGGGUUAAUUUUCAGCGUACGCUGUUCGACUGAAUAGCUAUACAACUACCGAACUGCUCGACAAAGACGUUUGCAUAGAGCUUCAAAGACUCCGAUAGGAAAGUAUUUUUAAUUCUCGAUUCCAGUUCGCGUACAUCCGGCAGCGUUGCGAGAAACGUGUUU